GAAGCCAGUCUGAGACUCAGCCUAGUCCACGCCAGCUACCGGCCCUCUCCUGAGCUCAAGGAACCUGGACACAAUGGUGUUCGCAUUUUGGAAGGUCUUUCUGAUCCUAAGCUGCCUUGCAGGUCAAGGUAGUACGGUGCAGGUGACCAUCCCAGACAGCAUCGUGAAUGUGACUGUUGGAUCUGAUGUCACACUUGUCUGCACCUACACCAGCACUGUGGUCUCCCGUGACAAGCUUUCCAUCCAGUGGUCAUUCUUUCAUAAGAAGGACUUACCACCAACUUCCAUUUACUAUUCUGAAGGUGGACAAGCUACAGCCAUCGGACGAUUUAAAGGUCGGAUUGUAGGGUCCAACGACCCAGAUAACGCAUCUAUCACUAUUUCACAUAUGCAACCGGCAGAUAGUGGUGUCUACGUCUGUGAUGUUAAUAACCCCCCUGACUUUGUCGGAAAAAAUCAAGGCAUCCUCAAAGUCAAUGUGUUAGUCAAACCUUCUAAGCCCCUUUGCAGCAUCCAAGGAUUACCAGAAACUGGCCAUCCUGUAUCUCUUUCUUGCCUCUCAGUCUUUGGGACGCCUUCCCCUGUGUACUACUGGUAUAAAGUUGAAGGAGGAGCCCUCGUCCCAGCGAAAGAAAACUUCAACCCAGCCACUGGGACUUUGGUUAUUGGAAAUCUAACCAAUUUUGAACAAGGGUAUUACCUGUGCACUGCUGUCAACAACCUUGGCAAUAGUUCCUGUGAAAUUGAUCUAACUACUUCACAUCCAGAAGUUGGGAUCAUUGUGGGGGCGUUGGUGGGCACCCUACUAGGUGCCGCCAUUAUCACCUCUAUUGUGUACUUCGCAAUGAGCAAGAGAAAGGCAAAGGCAAAGGGGAAAGGAAGGAAAAAAAAUUCAAAAACCACCACAGAGCUUCUACCAAUGACGAAGAUAAACCAAGAGACAGGGUGCAAGGUCGUACCAGCUGAAGAUGUUACCCACCUAGAGGAGCCUUUGCCACCUUCCAUCCAUGAGAAUGACCCCGAGCCAGAGCCUGUCCAGGAGCCUGCCCCACAGCCUGCCUCAGGUCCUGAGCCUGUCCUGGUGCCUGAGGUUGAGAUAGAGCGGGAGCUGGAGCCGGAAACAGAGCCCGAAGUGGAGCCGGAGCUGGAACCUGAGCCCAGGAUUGGGGUUCAGCCUUUGCGUGGCAAGGAAGAGGGAGAGAAUAAGCUAUAAGCUGGUAGGCUAAGUACAGUGUUUGUCACUAAGGAACCCAUAACUGCAUUUGGAAUUCAGCUGACUUAACCAAUCUCCCACCAUGUCCCUCCAUUCUGACCAACCCUCUUCUAAUAAGGUGCUCCCACCAUCAAUCUGAAAUAAACAGGUCAAGAUAACUACUAAAUAAGCACAAGGGUUCCUGUGUUACUUACCAUUUUACUAACAUGUAAGCAUAACUAAGGAUAAGGCAAGUGAUUUCUGAUUCAGUUGAAAGUGUUUUGCAGCAACAUCUAUGUUGUAUUUCAGAAAACCUUAUUUCUCUAUUUUUAGCUGAACUUUGUUACAUUCCACAUGCACACAUGACAAGGUGGCAUUAAUUGGGUUCACUAUUAUUUCUACGAUCAGUGGUCAAGGCUUCCCUAUUCAUUUUCACAUUUCACAUUGGCCCUGAAGACGAGUUUGCCAGCAUUCUGUCAUAGAUUUGAACAAACAAUCCUCAAAAAUUCCCGAGGAGAAUACGUAAAGGGUACAUAUUAAUUGGUACAUAGCAUUUAAAACUAAGUCUUGAAAUCAGUGCUACAUUUAUCACAUUAGAGUUCUCCAAGACCCACCCUGCCAUACAGUAUCUUGAGCAUAGCAACAUUUUUAAAUAAACCUAAGUUUAAAAAU